AUGGAUCAGAUGAUGGGUGACGGGGGCCGCUUCCCUCUGGAGACGUGGUUCUGGGAAAUGCCCAUCUGCACAAGAUGGUGGACAACAGCAACUGUUUUGACUAGCGCAUUGGUCCAGUGCCAGAUGGUGACUCCGUUCCAGCUAUUCUACAGCUUCCGAGCAGUAUUCGCCAAGUCACAGCGAUACGCCCGACUUCUGGAGGAAUCUUCAGGCCGUUCGCCCGCUCAUUUCUCAUGGCUCCUGGUCUACGCCAUGACCAGCCUGCUACUUCUGUCCCCGCUGGUGUCAAUGCCAUUUCUUGGCCAUCCCCUGUCAUCAACUCUGGUUUACAUAUGGUCGCGACGGAACCCGGAUACGCGAUUGAGCUUUCUGGGCCUGCUGGUUUUCACAGCUCCAUACCUUCCUUGGGUUCUCAUGGCCUUUAGCUUGAUCCUGCACGGCUCCAUUCCCAAGGAUGAGAUCAUGGGUGUCGUUAUCGGCCACAUCUGGUACUUCUUCUCCGAUGUCUAUCCACCCCUGCACAAUGGUUCGCGGCCAUUUGACCCCCCAGGAUGGUGGAGGCGACUGUUCGAGAGGCGACCAGCGGAUGAGACUGCAGAUGGCAUUAACAAUGACAUUGUCGUUGCGGGCGGUCCAGAGCUCGCCCCCGAGGUUCGAUGA